CGGACACAAUUAGUGCAUUGCAUCUUAUAAUUUGAAAUUCUUUUUAUCAUUUUGCUACCUUAAAUUUGGAAAAAAAUUAUCUUCAAAAUAGCCUUAAUGGCUUUCGGAAGAGUAUAAGAAUUCAAUCAUCAAUCACGAAACUGCGAAGAUUGCCUGUGGCAAUGUCGCGACGCAGAUCUCCGCGAGCGUCGCGACGCUCGGCAAAGUUAUUUCGAAAAUAGUGGGGCGUUGCUCUAUUUUUGUCGUGCUAGCCAGGGCCAUUUAGUCUACGGUCUGGCUUCCUUACUAGGAAGCUGCGUAUCCGAAAAAUACACACCUAGCCGCUUUCGUGCUUUUGAUUGAAAAUUGUCGGAAGAUAGUCAUAAUAUAUAUGAGAUAAAUACGAGAAAGAGUUUUAUUCUCCCAUACAAUUACGCAAAGUACUUUCGAUCGAGACGAGUGUAAGCGAAAAGACCAGCUGGAUAUAAUUAUUGCUUCCAGGAUAAAGAGUAUGUAACGUGAAUUCGAAGAGUCAUAUCGAGAGAUGUCCGCUUGAGAUUGAAAAGUGUGACAACGUAUUACAAUUUAAUGAUUAAUCGUGCAAUUUAAUUACAUUGCGUGACAACAAAUGCAGUAGUUUGCAAAUGAUAUUUGAUUAAACAAGUCCGUGACGAUGAUGGAAGAAAAUGAUUGGAAUCUCGUCAAUGACCAUACCGAUUGACGUAAUUCAACGACAAAUUCUAUAAAUAAAACCCUAAAAGGUUUUAAACAAAUUUGAGGAUACCUACUCAGUAAUUAUUGCGAAGGAACAAACAUGUUUUGGGUCGAGCCUGACGAAGAGGAGGAAGCGUUGCUAUGCAGUCCUGCUCUGAUGGCUAGACGAGCCUCAGAGUCUUGGAUCGUUGCACCUCCCGUAGAGGCGAUGCCGACAGCGGCAAUGCCUCUUCAACGAAAAAAAUCACUGCCGGACGUGGCGCAGCCGAUCCAGCUCACAGCCACGGCGCCGUUGUCGAGAGAAGAGGUCAGUAUCUUGAGCAGCUUAAGAAGAGAGGAGAUCCGCAGACAAAUCGACGAAAGUGAGAGGCUCAGAGCGAAUCCGCUUUUAUAUCUAGUCAGUCCUCAAGUUAAAGACUGGUUCUCUCGACAACAACUCGUGAUGCUGGUGCUGUUUAUCAACAUAUCCUUAGCCUUGAUGUUCUUCAAAUUGCUGACGUAGCAGCCAGCCGACGAUCGGGUUCACGGAUUCGUGGUGGACGUGACCUGAAACUCGGCGGCGUCGCGAUCGUCUUGGAUCGUCACCGAGCCAAAAUUUCGACAGUAAACGAAACGGAGGAUAUGGCCGCACCAAGAAUCGGCUGGAAACGAAUUUCAUGAGCGACUUGCUCAGUCACUUGUGCGUCGCGAGCAUAUUGCGAAAAGGAAGGGUUUUGAAUCGAUACGAACGGCAAACUCACGGAGAAUCACUUCAGCGAGGAUUUUUAAGGCAAACACAUUCAAAUUUCGAACGAUUGCUAAUUAGACGAAAAUACAAAGAGAGCAACGAGAGAGCAUCCUUCUGAGAUAUCGCGCGGGGAUCUACGAAAGAUUCAGCUUCAAAUUUUGUAAAGUCAAAAGGGUUUAAGCGCGUCAAAAAAAAAAAGGGAAAAAAAAAAGAAAAAAAAAAGCAAAAUGCAAGAGUAGUUUAAGGAGAGUUUAAAUGACAAUGCAUUUUUCGAGAAACCUAUAUACACCGGGAAAAUAGAAUUUAAUGUUCCGCCUAUGAUAAAGCUUUCUUCCGGUUUGAAAAUUUGGCGCAUAAAUCCUCCUUAAUUACCUUUUUAUUCAGAGAAGAGGAAAAUUUUGAGAAAAGAGCUUUUGAAAUUUCGGAGUUUGUUGUAAUCUCCGCGGGAAGGAGACAUUGACAACAACAAAAAUCAUCUUUUGGAAACUGAUCGCGCAAAUUCCGCGCACUUCCGCAACGUCCGCGUAUUACAUACCCUAUAUUUUUACACCAAAUACUUUAAUAACUACUUGUACUACUUGUAAGUAGAGACUAAAUUCUACUUUGGGCGGAUCGAUGCGUUACGCGCACAUAUGCAAAUCCUUCUUCGUAAUCUUUUCUUUUCCGACGAUCGGCUCGAGCGCAGUAAUAGCGACGAUUCAAUUAUAUACUCGAUCAAUUUUUCAACAAGUUAGUCAUUUGUCGAACGUCUAUUCUCGAAUAUUAUUAUUCGAUUUGAGAAGCAGCAUUAAUAAUAAAGAAUUCGUACUUACAUAUAGCAAUUGUAUAUUUUAGUAACGAUCGUAAUUGUAGCCAUGAUGCCGCACACGAUAUAAAGAAUAGACUCGUUAAUGCGUAUGGAGCAUUUAUUACGCUCGCAUACAUAUGCAUCGCACAUUGAUUGCAAUAAAUUACGUAAAUUUGUAUAAAGUUAUCAUAAAAUAGAAAGAGAGUACUCUUCUAACUUGUACGCGAACUUUGUGAAAUUAUAUAUAUAUAUAUAUAUAUAUAUAUAUAUAUAUAUAUAUAUAAUAUACAUAGUUACAAUUACCAUUGUUAGAUAUCGCAGCGGCUUGACUUGAAUUCUUCGUCAUACCGUUUCUCACCUUAAUUUUCUCGGGACGAGCUAGUAAAAUACAUAUAUGUAAAUGUAACAAUAAGGUGAGAGAUCCAAGAUCAUACGUUCCGAAGUGACGUAAAAGCUUAACAUUUUUUUUCCUAAUUUCUUUUCUUUACAUUUUGCGUUUAAGAAAAAUAUUAACGUUGAAACACGGAUGAUUUAUAUCGACAAUCGAGUUGCGUACAUAGAGUUGCGUCAUCGAGACGCAAAAUCACAAUUUCGUAUAGACACGACUCUUAUAUAGAAAUAUCUGUGAAAUAUCAAAAUUGCGGAUUAAAUACGAUCUUGUUUUCGACGAGAUCUCGAUAGAAGAGUCUCGGAAGAAGAUCCGUGAUUGCAUUGUAUAAUAUUCGCGAGACUAGUAAAAAUUAAAUCGUGCCAAUGCUUGUCACGAGAUAUUUGCAGUCUCCUUUAUCUCGUACUUUGCGAAAAUAUAGGAAUGCGAAUUAUCUUGCAUAUUUUGCAUUUUCUCUUCCAUGAUUUCGCGACAAAAUUAAUGAUGGGCCUUUCUGCGCUCGAGCGACCAUAGUUUCCUAGUCUCGGCGACAUAAUGUGUCAUAUCUUUAAAUAAAUUUGUAAAUAAUAGUGCAAAAGCGUCGAUUGCGCAAAGUUUGUCCAUUCUACGCGAUACUAUUCUCGCGCUCUCAAUGCAAAUUUGCCCGAGAGGCAUAAAGUAUCAAGAGUCCAAAUCACUUUUCCGUUCUACAUUGUGCUUCCUGACAGUAUCAAUGACAGAGCUAGUACUUCUGCGAGAAUAAAUAUGAUUGGUAAUAUAGCCAAAAUAAAUUCGCUUUCGAUUAUGCUCCAAAUCUAAAAAUCCUGGUUUGAGCGCGAGCUACGUAACGCAAAAUGACUCAAAGAUAACAUGAAACAUUCGAUCGAAGUAUAGAAGGCGAUAUUUUUGACGCUAUCUAUUGAAAAUGCAAAAAGCAUAAAAAAAUCAUUAUUCUUUGUCAUCGAGGCGUACAGUUUUUUUUCUGAACAAAUCGGACAAACUUGUUUAAAGGCCAGAUUUUUUUGUAAUGUUGACUUUACACGUCUGGCAUUUGUUCUAUAACUUGAUAGUAAUACGAAAAACAUUGUAAUUUAUAUAUCGAAGAAUUUUUCUCUCCGAUAUCAUACGAUAUAAUAAAAGGAUGUUAAACUUGUGAAAGAAGUGUCAAAAAUGUCACGUGUAAACCCCCCAGCUUAAAAACGAGUAUCCUAACUUUAAAGAGGACGGGGUCAUAUAGAAGAAGAAGCCGGAAGAAGAAAUAUGUUGAAUGUUCCGGCUUAAGAGAAGGACCAACGUGACGUUCUGUCACGAGGUGCAUUCGCAUAUAGAGAUACUAUAGUUAUUAUCAUAUACGCACAUUCGCCGUUACGGGGUCACACGUUCUGUGUGCAUAUAUAUAUACGAUUAAUUAAUUAAUCCCAAAGAAAAAUCACAGAAAAUUAUUCGUAAUAUUAUUGGCAGAGCAUCAACAAGGACAGAAAGAGAUUAGAAUAAAAAUUGAGGAGGGACGAAAGUAAUUUUUGUCAACAAAAUUCCAUCAUUGGACAAGGAAAAUUCGAUUUGUAUAGCUUUAAUUAUCAAAUAAGAAGAUUGAUAAAUAAAGCAAUUUAUAAUGCCAUGUCAUGAUGUGUAUAUACAUUGUAUACAUAUGUGAGAGAUCACAUGUAUAUUUUACUCUUGUUAUCUCUUAAUAUAAUAUCGCAGUUGGCGCGCAUAUUCCCUCCACCCCGUAAUUAUUAUAUAUUAUUAUUAUUAUAAUUAUUAUUACUAUUACUAUAUUAUACUACUGCUACUAUUAUUAUUACUAUUAUUACUACUACUCUACUGCUAUUAUUAUUAAUUAUUUAAAUUACUAUUAUUAUUAUCAUUAUAUUGCUAUCGCCGUAUCAUCAUUAUAUCAGAGAUUUGCGAAUAUUUAAAACAAAAAGAUGGAUGUGAAAGAAAUUUUGGUACCUUGGAAAACAUGCGACACACACAGACAUGCGCGCGCCACACAUAUACACACACAUGUAAACACAUACAACACACAGGCAUAUAUACAGAAACUGUUAGAAAAGGAGAUCUAUUGUCAUUGUUAAUUCGCGCAAGCAGUGAUUCAAUAAACUUGUAUCAUAAUUGAUAAA